AUGUCUAAAAGUUUACCCUUGUUAGCAAAGGCAGAUGUGCUGAAGCAUAACAACGCCAAAGACUGCUGGGUCACUUUGUACCACAGGAAAGUUUACGACGUAACAGGCUUUUUAGAUGAGCAUCCAGGAGGUGGAGAUAUUAUUUUACCAUUCGCUGGGCAAGAUGUUACUGCUAUAAUGGCUGAUAUAAUUUCUCACGAGCAUUCGGAGAGUGCCUAUGAGAUGUUAGACGAUGAUAUGCUAGUAGGCUACCUCGCAGCUCCAGAAGAAGUAGAGAACUUGAUAAACAACAAAAACAAAGUGUCCGUUGAGUACAAGCUAGUAGACAACAGUGAUACAUAUGAAUUUCAUGAUCUGGUACCGGCGGAAGAAAAAUUGUCUCUUCAAACCGAUUUUGAUGACGAUGUAAAGAAACACAAAUUCUUGGAUUUGAGCAAACCUUUACUCUUGCAAGUGUUCUAUGGUGACUUCACAAAAGAAUUUUAUUUGGAUCAGGUGCAUAGGCCAAGGCAUUAUGGAAAGGGAUCUGCUCCAUUGUUUGGGAACUUUUUAGAACCUCUAUCGUUGACUCCGUGGUGGGUUGUUCCCCUUGUAUGGUUGCCGGUUAAUUUCUAUAUCUUCUAUGUUGGAUGGGUCAACCAAAGUAAGAUAGUUGCUUUAAGCUUAUGGACAAUGGGUUUGUUUGUUUGGACAUUAGUAGAAUAUAUUUUGCACAGAUUUUUGUUCCAUUUGGAUAAAUUCUUACCGGACCAUACAGCAGCUUUCACCCUUCACUUCUUAUUGCACGGCGUUCAUCACUAUUUGCCAAUGGAUGGGUACAGGUUAGUUUUACCCCCAACGUUGUUUAUCGCAUUGGCUUAUCCUUUCUAUCGUUUGGUAUUUUCCAUUUUCCCAUUUUACAUGGCCUGCUCAGGUUUUGCUGGAGGUACCUUUGGCUAUAUCUGCUAUGAUUGUACACAUUACUUUUUACACCAUACCAGAUUACCACAAUAUUUGCAAGAUCUCAAAAAGUAUCAUUUGGAGCAUCACUACAAAAAUUAUGAAAUGGGAUUUGGAGUUACAAGUAAGUUUUGGGACGUUAUAUUUGAUACGGAGAUCACUAGCACCUUCCAGAAGAAGGCUUAG